UGUUGAAGUAAAUUUUUAGUUGCUUUGGUAUAUUUUCAAUUCAUCUGUGCGAAAAAUUGUUAAAAAUUUUUGCUCUGCAAUCUCAAAAAUAUUUCCAGUAAUGCCGAAACGAAAAGAUCCUUGCCAGGACUGUUCUUGCCGAAUUCAAUCAUGUCUUCAAGCCAAUAAAUAUCAGGAGAGUAAGUGCCUAUACGAAUUGGAGCAAAUGCGUCUCUGUUGCGUAAAGUGGCAUGAGGAAUCGAUGUGUUGUUCUGGAAUUAAUUUGGAGCGCACUUAUUUGGAUGGAAAAACCUGCGUAAAAGAAACAAAACAUAAAAAAACUAAAUAAAAAUAUAU